UCCACUGGUAAAUCCCAUGGAAAAGGGAGUGAGACUCUAUUAAAAAUGCUUUUAAGUUGCAGACACUGAACUGAAGCGAUCCUAGCACAUACGCAGCUGCUGAGUGCGCCGGCAGGGAGGGGAAACUGCCCUGGUAACGGGGUUCAGAGCUGGGACACUGGACAGACUCUGGGCUCAGACCGCUCACCAUGAAUCUUAGCCGUGUUGCCAGCACAGGUCGAGGCGGGCCAACCAGAGAACCUGCUCAGGGUUCCCCAGAUGGCCGUUGAGCACACUUAGCAUUUGCUCAACAACUAGCUUCAAAACAGGCUUCGGAAUCAAAACCUGGUGAUAAGCUGGAAACAUCCUGUACUUUAGACCAAAGUCGCUCUUUGUAUCUAGAGUUCAUUUUGUUGAUCUUUAGAUUAACAACAACCUGCCCUCCUCCCACCCCUCAAACCCGAGGUGGUUGUUCCUACAGAGUUGUUCCUGGCAGGGUAAUUGCUCCGGGAACUCCUGAUAAACAAGUUAGGGUUUCCUCUUAUUUUAGUAAAGUGUACUUCAUCUUGGAGACAAAGGACAGAAAAGGGAGAACAAGGACAAAAAAAUAUUCUAUUGAUUAUUAUUGUUAUUACUAUUGUUGUUACUGCCACUAUGACAUUAUCAGGAAUAGCCACUCUCUGAUGGGUGUAUGGUUUGCCAGUACUUCUGAGUCGUAUCCUCACGGAGGGGGUGGCGUGAAUGACAGUAGAGGAGGUAGAUUUGUAGCUUGCUGACCGUUUAUAUCAAAGGAAUUUUGACUGAGAUCAGACUGAGGUAAGCCUCUUGUAGCGUGCCAUAGGUUUCUAUCUUUCUCAUAUUGAGUGUUUUUAUUAAUAACUUGCGUGAGAACUCUGGUGAUCUUCUGGUAAGAUCUGUGGAUGAUUCUCAGCUGGGAGGGAGAAGUCAGAAGAUACAAUCUAUUGUCAAGAUCCUGGGUAAAGGCUCUGUCUCGGAAGCGGUCUCCUUAUCCACCUUAGCCUGAGGGGGAAAGCUAGAGGGCAACACACCAGGGAGGGCCCCCUCUCAUUCCUUAACUGCCAGGAGGAGCUUCUCUCAGCUUGCUUCUCUCUGUGUUGGAUAAUCUGUUGAUAGGUCCUUUCCAAAUUCCCGAGGGCACGGCCAGGCCUUUGUCUGUCCUGGUGCUUAGCAUGGUGCCUGCUAGGAAUCGGAGCCGCCUCCCUGUGUCUGGGGCAUCCUUGAUGUUUCUCAUUCCUAUGGGGCCUCCUGGCAAGCACCAACUGGCCUGGCCUGGCCUGGAACAGGGGUGGGAGCUGAGCCUUCUGCUCAGGAAGGUGCCAUAAAAGUCCAGUUACUGGAGGUCUCAGAACAAGUCAGAGAGGCACAGGCAGGAAGACGUGAUUCUGAAACUUCCCGAUACUUCGCUUUCUGGCUCUGUUUCCUCAUCUCUAACAGGGGUCAUGACACUCUCUGUGAUGGGCUGCUAGCGGGGCCCCCAAAGAUAACCAGGUUCUAUCCCUGGAACCUGCGAUUUUUACCUUAUUUGUAAUAAAGGUCUUUGCAUAUUUAACUAAAUUAGGGAUCUUGAGAUAGGGGUGAUUAUUCUGGAUCAUCUGGGUGGGCCCUAAAUGUCAUAACAAGUGUCCUUAAAAAAGAAAGGCGGAGCAUGAAUUGACUCACAGAGGAGAAGGCGGUGAGAAGAUGAAGCAGAGAGAGACCUGAAGAUGCCAGCCUUGAACAGGACAGUGAUGCAGCCACAGCCCAGGUGUGUCAGCAGCCACCACAGGCUGGAAGAUGCAAGGAACACAUUCUCCCUGAGAGCCGCUACCAGGGAGUAUGGCCCUGCUGACACUUGGAGUGUGGUCCAAGAUGCCGCUUUUGUAUUUCUGCCUUCCAGAACUGUGAGAGAGGCCAGUUUCUCGUUGGCUGUGCAUGGGAAGUGCCUUCAGCUCCAGGGGCAUGGCCCAAAGGCAGAACUAACUGCCCAUUUCAGGAUGCCGUUGGGAUUGACUACAGAGGGCAAGAUGUGGCUGGGAGUCCUGCUGACAAUUCUGUUCUGUUCAAGCCUUGAGGCUCAAGAGAACCCUUUCACCAUCAACAACGUCCACAUGGUGAUCCUGCCAGGGCAGGAGGUAAACAACGGGGACAACCUGACCCUGCAGUGCGUCGUGGACAUCAGCACCACUGCUCACAUCCAGCCUCAGCGCCAGAUGCUCUUCUAUAAGGACGACGUGCUGUUUCACAACGUCUCCUCCACGAAGAGCGUGGAGAGUUAUUUCAUCCCUCAAGCCCGAGUCUACAACGCAGGGACGUACAGAUGCACUGUGAGUCUGAACAACAAGAUGAAAACCACAUCGGAUCAUGAGGUGCUGGUGAAAGGAGUGUCUGAUCCCAGAGUGACGCUGGACAAGAAGGAGGCGGUAGAAGGCGGGAUCGUGACGGUCAAUUGUUCUGUCCCAGAGGAAAAGGCCCCAGUACAUUUCACAGUUGAAAAACUUGGACUAGAAAAAAGAAAUGGCAAGCAGAAAAGAAAAACGUCUCAGAACCAGAAUUUUGUGACACUGGAAUUCACAGUCGAGGAACAGGACCGUGUGAUCUAUUUCCAAUGUACAGCCAGCAUCGCUUUCGGGGCGCGCAUGGAGACCUCUACAGCAGCCAAGAGUGAACUGGUCACCGUGAGGGAAUCCUUCUCUAAUCCCAAGUUCUAUGUCACCCCUCGGGGGAUGAUCAUGGAAGGAGAGAAGAUGGACAUUACAUGCACCAUCCAAGUGACGCACACGGCCACUGCAUUUCCAGAAAUCAUAAUCCAGAAGGACAAGAUGAUCGUGGCACACAGCACAAACAACGAUAGGGCCACUUACUCACUGAUGGCCACGGUGGAGCACAGUGGCAACUACACGUGCAAAGUGGAAACCAGCCAGAUAUCCAAGGUCAGCAGCAUCGUGGUCAACAUAACAGAGCUAUUUUCCAAGCCAAAGCUGGAAUCUUCCGCCACACGCCUGGACCAGGGUGGAAGUCUGAACCUGUGGUGCUUCAUCCCAGGAACACCCGAAGCCAACUUCACCAUCCAGAAGGGAGACAUGACCGUGUCAUGGUCUCAGAAUUUCACCAAGAGAGUCUCAGAGUGGGACAGCGGGGCAUACACCUGCAGCGCAGGCAUUGGCAAGGUGUUCAAGAAAAGCAACACGGUCCAGAUAACCGUGUGUGAAAAGCUCUCCAAACCCAGGAUUUUUCAUGAGUCCAAGUCUGAGGUGAUAAAAGGACGCACCAUAGAAGUCAAAUGCCAGUCCAUAAAUGGAACCUCUCCUAUUUCGUAUCGCCUUGUAAAAACAUAUAUCACUUUGAACAGUCACAACGUAAGCUCAAAUGAGCCCGCAGUAUUCAAAGAUAACCCCACAGAAGACACCGAAUAUCACUGCAUCGCACAUAAUUGCCAUUCCCACCCUGAAAUAUUCAGUGACCCUCUGUCGGUCAAGGUGAUAGCCCCAGUGGAUAAGGUCACUAUUUCUAUCUUGAGUGAUAAGACAGUGGAGUCUGGGAAAGAACUUGUGCUUCGAUGCUCCACAAACAAAGCAUCUGGUCCAAUCACCUACAAGUUUUACAGAGUAAAGGAGGUCAGGCCCUUCUAUGAAACCACCUCAAAUAACACCCAGGCCAUCUGGCACAAGACACAGGCUAGCAGGGAACAGGACGGGCAGUAUUACUGCACAGCCUCCAACAGAGCCAACGUUGCCAGGGCUGUCCUCCAAAGCAAUGUAUUGACCGUCACAGUCUAUCUUGCCCCAUGGAAGAAAGGACUUAUUGCAGUGGUGGUCAUCGUAGUGAUAAUUGCCAUCUUGGUACUUGCGGCCAGAUGCUAUUUUCAGAAGAAAGCCAAGGCCAAGCAGAUGCCAGUGGAAAUGUCCAGGCCGGCAGUGCCACUUCUGACCUCCAACAAUGAGAAGAUGUCAGAUUCCAGCACCGAAGCCAACAGACCUUACGAUUACAGCGAAGAUAUUGGAAACCAUGCAAUGAAACCAGUAAAUGAAAAUAAAGAGUCUCUGACCUCGGACGUGGAGUACACAGAAGUGGAGGUGACCUCACCUGAGCCUCAUGAAGGUCUGGGGAAGAAGGGCACGGAGACAGUGUACACUGAAAUCCGGAAAGCUAACCCUGGCCGGCAGCCGCCAUGGUCUCAGGCCCAACCUAACCCACAGAAUCAGAACCUCCAACAUCUGAACUCUAGCCAGUUCUCAGAUGUUUCUGAUGCCGACACCGUCUGAACAGACAGAUUUCAUGGAAAACAGAUAUUCUAGAACGGAAGGUUCCCUGAAUGGAAUUUAGGACUUCGGGAGCGGACACUCCUCCCCGGGGAGGACAGCCACAUUCCAAGAAGAGCAGAUGAUGCCUGAUUCCAAGAGCUCUGUGCACUUACUUCUGAACCUGCCCUGCUCCCACUGAACACAGCCACUUCCUCAGGCCAAGCCACCAGUUCUUGAAGCCAUCUCGCUACAUUUAUGCUGGGUGCAAGGAGACAGAUGCAGAGGGGCUGGUGAAUUUCCCACAUGGCCCCCCUCCCACAAGUUGGAGCAUCUUGGGAGUGGAAAGCAGGAGAAGGAGGUUCAGCGUCAGCAGGCCAUUGGGAUAUUUUGAAACUUGAAUAUUUCGUCUUGUACAGAGAUAAAGAACUUUUCCAAGUACCCUCAUACAAGAAACCUGUGUUGGCCUUUUUUUUUUUUUUUAAUAGUUGAUCAUGUCUAGCAAAUGGCCUAGCCUAGGGGCUAGUUUUUUGUGUGUGUGGUUUUUUUUUCUUCUCUGUCUUUGGUCCUUCAAAGGCCUGUAGUGCUGGGUAGUCCUUGCUCCUGGGAAGUGCAUAGCACUUGACCAGACAGCUGUCCCCUGUCCCAUCUGCGACCUUGCCCGACACAAAUGGAAAAACAAAGCUGCUUGGGAGCGACCCCAUUCACAUGUCAACUUGAAGACAAGGUUCAUUCCGGGCAACGCACAAAACAGAAAACGAGGUUGGACAGCACAGAUGUCUGCUGUUUUCCUACACUCUUUUUUCCUCUAGCACACUGAAGGCCAGACAACAGGAAGAUGGUUACCUACAGCAAAUAUUAUUUUUAAAAGAAAAAAUGACAUGCAUAUUUUUCUUACUAAUUUUUUUAUUUAUUCCUUGCUAAAGAAAUGGUCUCCUGAGGUCUUACAAUGUUUCUGACAGUGUCUCGAGUGGGUGGGUGAGGGGCUGUGGCCAUUUCCAGUGGGAUUUCACUAGUGGGCACACCUAACCGAGACCGCUCGGUGCCACCCCGGGACACAGCUGCAGGCUCCCCGAUGGGUGUUGUAUUAAAUAAAUUUGAUCUUUACUCUUCA